CAAUGAGGGACAGCUAUGAAUACAUCAAAAUUUAUUUACAAAACGUUCAUUAUCAUAAUGAUUAGCUCUUUUGAUAAUAACGAUUAUCAAGCAUUUUCUUAUUAAAACAGUUAAAUUUGAUCGUUAUGUUUGCUUUUUUUGUCAAAAAAUUUAGACUAAAGAUAAACUAGGAUAUUGCUUAACAUGCCCACAUUAUCCGAAAUUUUGAAGCCCCACAAUGAAGCAAAUAGUUCCUCGGAAUUAAAACAUUCACAGAACUGCUUGUCGACCAAUAACACUAUUUUCCAUGAUAACAACGUUUACGUAAAUCAAACUGAGUCAGAAGUUGAACCAUGCGUCAAAAAUCACUCCAUAGUUGAUGACUUAAAAAACGAUGCCGAAGUACCAGUAAUACCCAAAUUCGCCUCUGAAGCACGCAUUUGUUUUCCAAGAAAAUUCACUAAAAGCUUAGAACCAACGCUUAUGUGUAUAAACGCAUUAGACGACUUUUGUAAUCAGAUAACCGAGUUAAAAACUAAGCUCAGUUCAAAACAAGAACAGAUACAUAAUUUAUUGAUCGAAUUAGAACAAUCUAAUCAAAGAUUAAAUGUUAUCGAAACACAAUUCAACGCUUACAAAUUACAAACUAGUCAAAAUGAAGAGAAUUAUCAAACCUUAUCGCGUGAAUUUGUGAUUAUGAAACAGUGUAAAGAGCAAGCAGAAUUGAAUGCAAAAAAUUGUGAAAACAAUCGGUUACUAUAUGAGAGACGAAUGAAAGAAUUGGAUGACAAUUAUGAACAAAGUAAACAACGUUAUUAUGACGAUAUACAAGGAUUAAUGCAUCAGUUGGAUAUGGAACGUUCAAGGGCUGAUGAACUCUUGCAAAAAAUUGAACAUAAUCGCCGCCAAAAUGAAGAACAGCUUAGAACCAUCGAACAAACUCAACAGAAGAAACUAGAUACAUUGUUGGAAGAUGGUCAAAAGGAGUUAAGAAAACAGUUAGCUGAAGCGAAUGAACAAAUUAAGGAGCAACAAAUAACAAUAUUUAAUCAAGAAUUAAAAAUUUCUACAAUGGAUUCAGAUAAAAACGAGCUUAUAAAAAUCAAUCAAAAAUCAAUAGAUGAACAAUUAGAUCUUCGUGAACAAAUUAAAUUGAUUGAAAAUUUGUUAACAGUAAAAGAUCAAGAUAUUUCAAUGAUGCAAUUUGAAUGUCGUCUUUAUGCUGAUAAAUUAAAACAAACUGAACUGGAAAAAAAUCAUUUCAUUGAAAAAGAACGAUUUAUAAAACAAAGAUAUCAAAACAAAGCCAAACGUGCAUGGGAACAAUGUCAAACUAUUCGUACACGUUUAAGUAGAAGACUUGUUCAUCUGCGUUAUAACAGAGAUUUAUUAUCAAAACAUUUAAAGAAACAAUACGAACAAAUGAAUCGUUUAAAUAAUUUAGUUUGGGAAACUGGAUGGGCAUAUGUUCAAUCACAAAACUGUCUGCAAAAUAUCAAUAGACAAGAAAAGGAAUAUGUAGAUAAAGAAAUUCAAACAGUCUUAAUUAUUAACAAGAUAAAACAACCUUAUGUGACUAUAGACCAGAUUGUACAGACUGACGCUUUACAGGCGGAUAAUGAUGCUAAGGAUGAUACAAUGAUAUCAUGCGCUAUCACAUGGAUUUCGAAUGAUUUAGAAAAUUUGACAGGAAAGUUGGAGAAAUUGCUUAAAUAUCACGGAAAAGAAAACUUCAGUGAUCAAGAUCUAGACAACGAAGAAUUUCAUAAAGGAUUUAGUGAAAAAGUAUCUCUGAUUUCAGUGAUUCUUGAAUUAAAAUGCAAAGUGAAUUGGUUAAGGACGUGUUUUAAUCAAUUAACAGGACAUACUUUUAGAAAAAAUAGUGAAUUAUCAAACAAAAAUAACUUAACUAAAUUGGAAGAUAUUAAAAGGAAUUUCGAGAGUUCAACUAGAAACUUGAAGUUAUUAUUAAGUCAAAUGGAAACUGAUGCACUAGAAGAGGAAUUAUCAUGUGUCGGUCAACUAGCGCAAACAACAGCAAAUCAACUGAAACUUAGUCACUCAAGACUUGAAGAAAAUCUUGACUCAAUAAGGACUGAUCUUAUUCGUCUAAAGGCUGAAUGUCACUAA